UCUCCCGCUCUGGCCCCGCCCAUCUCAGCCGUUCCGGGAGGAGGGUCGGCGCAUGCGCCCUGGAGACCUUUCCUGUGCUGGGCAGCCGUCCGUCUGUCCAUCGAUGGCGGUCAGCCACUCGGUCAAGGAGCGGACCAUCUCCGAGAACAGCCUGGUGAUCCUCCUGCAGGGCCUCCACGGCCGCGUCACCACCGUUGAGCUGCGCGACGAGACGGUGGCCGUGGGCCGCGUCACCAACGUGGAUGCCUUCAUGAACAUCCGCCUGGCCCAGGCCACCUUCACCGACCGGCACGGGUGCACCUCCGAACUGGCUGACCUCUUUGUCGCCGGACGCAAUGUGCGCUACGUCCACAUCCCGGACGAGGUGGACAUCCGGGCCACCAUCGAAGCCCAGCUGCAGCUCAUCCACCGCGUCCGGACGUUUGGCGGGCGAGACAAGGGCCGGAAGGAGUUCCUGCGCCAGAAGGACAAGUGAAAGGGCCAGAGACCCCUGGACUGCCAAAGGCCAGCCAAACAAGGGCUAUGAAUUCAAAAUGGCAUCAGGGUGACCAUCUUCUUCUGCAGUUGAGUUUACCUCCCUUUGCCAAAAUGUGUAGGGACUUGGAGAUGCCUUUAUGGCUGUAAACGGGUUGUUUUUUGUAACCUCUAAUCCUUCUGGUUUGUUAUAUCCAACCCCCAAACGAACACGUCUUUUUAUUUCUGGAAUAAACUCUGGCAGCUUUAA